CCAGAGACCUUUCAGUAUGCUGUUUCGCAGUCUGCUGUCGACGGCUGUUCUAGCCAUCUCAUUGUGCACGGAUAAUGCUUCCGCUGCUAAGCACGGCCGGUUUGGCCAGAAAGCUCGCGACGCCAUGAACAUCGCAAAGCGUUCCGCUAACGCCGUGAAACACUCGUUGAGUAUUCCUGUCGAGGACUAUCAGUUCUUGAACAACAAGACUAAGCCUUACCGCGUGGAAAGCCUGCCUGAUGUUCACUUCGAUCUGGGCGAGAUGUAUUCCGGCUUGGUCCCUAUUGAGAAGGGCAACCUGUCACGGUCCCUUUUCUUCGUCUUUCAGCCCACUAUCGGCGAACCUGUGGAUGAGAUCACCAUCUGGCUGAAUGGUGGCCCGGGUUGCAGUUCCCUUGAAGCCUUCCUUCAGGAAAAUGGUAGAUUCGUGUGGCAGCCCGGAACCUACCGACCUGUUGAGAACCCAUACUCAUGGGUGAAUCUUACUAACGUUCUGUGGGUUGACCAACCCGUGGGAACGGGAUUCUCUCUGGGUGUCCCAACCGCCACGUCCGAGGAGGAGAUUGCCGCAGACUUUGUGAAGUUUUUCAAGAACUGGCAGCAGAUCUUUGGGAUCAAAAACUUCAAAAUCUAUGUUACUGGAGAGAGCUAUGCGGGCCGCUAUGUUCCUUACAUCUCCGCGGCCUUCCUGGACCAAAAUGAUACAGAACACUUCAACCUGAAAGGUGCACUGGCCUAUGACCCCUGUAUCGGCCAAUUCGACUACGUGCAGGAAGAAGCACCAGUUGUCCCCUUUGUCCAGAAGAACAACGCCCUCUUCAACUUUAACGCAAGCUUCCUAGCAGAGCUAGAAACCCUCCAUGAGCAAUGCGGAUACAAAGAUUUCAUCGACCAGUACCUAGUCUUCCCCGCAUCCGGAGUCCAACCACCGAAGGCUAUGAACUGGAGCGAUCCGACCUGCGAUGUAUACGACAUCGUCAACGACGCCGUCCUGGACCCCAACCCAUGCUUCAACCCCUACGGAAUCAACGAAAUGUGCCCCCUCCUCUGGGACGUCCUCGGCUUCCCCACCGAACUCGACUACCUCCCCGCAGGGGCCACCAUCUACUUCGACCGCGCAGACGUCAAGCGUGCCAUGCACGCCCCCAACAUCACCUGGUCCGAGUGCUCCGUGGAGAGCGUCUUCGUCGGAGGUGACGGCGGGCCCGAACAGGAGGGCGAUUUCUCAGCCAACCCUAUCGAACAUGUCCUGCCGCAGGUCAUUGAAGGCACUAACCGCGUUCUGAUCGGUAACGGUGACUAUGACAUGGUUAUCCUCACCAAUGGCACUCUUCUCUCCAUCCAGAAUAUGACGUGGAAUGGGAAGCUUGGGUUUGAUACUGCCCCGAGCACCCCCAUCAACAUCGAUAUCCCGGACCUCAUGUACAAUGAAGUGUUCGUUGAGAACGGCUAUGACCCGCAAGGUGGUCAGGGCGUUAUGGGCAUUCAGCACUAUGAGCGUGGUCUUAUGUGGGCUGAGACCUUCCAGAGUGGUCACAUGCAGCCUCAGUUUCAGCCGAGAGUGUCCUACCGUCACCUUGAGUGGCUGCUUGGUCGGCGGGAUACCCUGUAAGGUGGGUUAGGCUAAAAAUAAGGGAUGAUGUUGUGAUGAUAGUAAAGAUAUAAGCUAUGAUCUGUAGAUACGUUGCGCGAAUGUACAUGAGCAGCUUUUACU